AAAAUAGGGGUCAUAGAGUAAGUAGACUGCAGAGCGGCGCAGUGCGGGUGGAGUAGACGCAUCCGUUGUAGUAGGCAGGGCUAACACGAGGUCUCGGUAAACGAGGCCUCAUUAUAGUACCGCAAGGAUUGAAACAGUGUAUGAUGCCCGAUCAGUUUGGCAGGUUGAGUGCGCAUGUGUGCAGAGUCACGUCGUGGGUGAACAAAGAGACGAUUGUAAGUCCAUCGAUUUAUUUUGAAAAAAUUAAUUCCUCAAAAAGCACAUCAUACUUAUUUGGACAACAGAACAUGAUUAUGUUACGGCUUAACACAACAAUACUAGAGCAACUAACUACGAUACAUACUUAUAUACAAGGUGGCGCCUGAGCACACUCAUAAAAUCUUAUAAAAUUAACAAUAAAUAGAUAAACUAUCGCACGGAAGACUGACUGGCUUACUGACAGCGGGAGAUCGACCAAUAGUCGCGGAUGUAUGUCGCCUCAUUAUUUAUUUACAUUGAUUAGUUACUGACGGAGUCGGGCGAUAGCGAAACCACUGUAGUAGGGCUGUUUCACUCCCGGACAAUCGGAAUAAUACAUUGUGAACGGAACGUGCGGCUAGACCUUUACAACGGAGCACUUAGGAAUACCAAACCGAUUUCUCCAAAAUGAAAUCUCUUCAAACUUUACAUUUUCGCGGAAAAUAUAGUCAUUUAAAAGAUUAUUUUUAAUAAACUUGUUUAAAAAUAUUUUGGAUAUAUUAUGUACACUCUGUGUGCAACAGUCUUUGGUUGUAGAGAUGGCUGUAGCCAUUGUAUUAAUCUCUCAUCACAAUUUACGAUAUCUAGUAAUAUGUAUUGGAACGACGGCGCGCCGCCCGGCGCCCAGUCAGCGUCAAACUAUAGGGGCAUUCAGGCUAUUCAAAGCGUCAUAAAUAUCGACACACUAAAAUAAAUAAUGCUAUUUCAUGGCAUUAUGGGGCUAAGCAUUCAAAAUUUCUAAUUAUGUGGAACUCGUCACUUGUGGAAUAAGAUAGUAUGUAAUUUAUUUAAAAAGUUACUUUGUAUAAUUGAGCAACUUGAAUGUCCCUAAUAAUUGACGCUGGCUGGCACUGAGAGACACCGAUGCUAAUUGUUAUCCUACGCGAUAUAAAUGAUACGGACUAGGUAAACUGGUGUAAAAUUAUCCAAAAACUUGUUAUAAAAUGAUUUUCGGAAAUGAGUAACUAUAAAAUAGAAGCUCCAACGACGUCGACAAAAGCGCAGCCGCCGCGAGCUAGCACUACACACAUACACGAACACGUUGCCACGACACCUUAACCUUACCGAUAAACAUUCCCACGUAAUAAAACUUACAUUAUGCCGCCCGCUACGUAUCAACUAAUAAACACUUAACUACUCGACAUUGCGACUAGUCGGUCGCAGCACGAGUACACGAGUCCUCGGGCCCGCCGACAGUCGGGCUACAGGUCGGAGUCGCGGUCGGGCUGCGGCGCGGCGCCGUUGGAGACGCGCGCGGACGCGCGAGGUCGCGCGGCGCGCUGCAUGAGGGCGCGCGUGGCGUCGCGCAGACGCAGCAGCUCGUCCUGGAUGCGCGCCGUGAUGGCCGCGCGCGUCUCCUCCUCGCUCGCGUUGGCGCUGCGCAACUUCUCCAACAGGUGGUGUAUCUGGAUGGGCUCGCCCACGUUGAGGAAGACCUGCUUCCGGAACUUGAGCAGAUAGGGCUCGGUGUUGGGUAGCACGGCGUCCAUACCCUCGUGCCAGACGGGCACGAUGAGCGGCGCGGCGCUGCAGUCGGCCACGAGGCGGCCCACGCCCCACUUGAAGCGAAUGUGCUCCUUGUUCACGUUGACGCGGCCCUCGGGGAAGAUGUGCACCCACUCGCCCCGCGACAGCCGCUCCACGCAGAAGUCCAUCGCCGGCUGGUGCACGCCGGCGCCGCGCACGACGGGCACGCACUUGCCGAGCGCGAAGAAGCACGAGUGCAGCGCGUUGGUGAAGCAGAUGUCGUGCGCCGCCAGCGACCAGCGCAUGCGCGCCGGACGCGUCAGGCUCGCCAGGUCCAGCACGCCCCAGAGGCCGGGGUCGUCGAAGCAGGAGUGGUGGUUGGAGACCGUGAGCAGGGGCUGGCCGCGCGGGCGGCGCACCGCGGCCGCCAGCGUCUCGCGGUUGUACACCGUAGUCUUGUUCAGGAACUCUAAAAUAAUUUUACUAAAUAAACCGACGACAGCAACAGUGAUAGAGCUCGCGCAGUUCCAUAGCCUUCCUGGAUUCCGCAGGCGCGGUAUAAUCCAUCCAAUGUCGUAGCCCAUGGCCGGGCUGGAAGCGCACUACACAGUAAAACACUACAAUAACAUCAUUACUGUUAUUAAGUUUUUAAAGUUACACUCGCAAUCCAAUAUUCGUGCGACCUUUUGUGCGAAAUGUACGUAGGUAUGAAGUAUGAAUUAACUUGACUUGACUGAGUUAACUGACAGACAGACUGAGUGUUGCCAACCAUACGAUUUAAAUCGUAUUCAUACGCCCUUUUUGGUUGUGCGAUGUAAGAUCGAGUAAACGAAACGCAA